GCGUUGCGAAAUGGGCUCAGGAGUGCGGCUUCAUUAAGGAUGCAUGAGAAAUGCAGGAACCACGACAGGCUGACAGCUGGCAGGCUGCAUUAUUUGGCUGCACCCACAAAAGUGACACCUUCAACUCGAUUCGCGCAGAGUCAGGGACACAAACUCACACACACACACACACACACACACACACACACACACACACACACGUCAAUUCACACUCGCGUUCGCACACCCUCGACGACUGCGACUCGUGCUUGAUUGAAAGUUUUUGGCGUGUGAGAAGUUUGUGUUUUGGCUCAGUUUGGAUUUACGAUCCGUGUGGUCAAGUUGUUGUUUGCGCUUGAACGGCUUUUAGUUUCGCGCGUCUUCCUGUUGGGGCACCUGGACAUGGACAGCGGCCAUCUGGGUUUAAGCCCAGUCAUGUUUACACCCAGCCGCUCGCCCCGCCAAGUGCUGUCCUGUGGCAAGUGUUAAAGUGCAAAGUCCAAAGUGCAACAAAAAUGGACUGGAAAAACAACGAUGGUGCCCGGGCGGAGUUCAGUUGGAGUCGUUCGUUUUCGGAGCCGGACCUUGCAGCCAGCCACAAGCACAGGGAUCGCUUUAGCAUCCGCCAGCCGCAUGAGUACAUUGCCGUUGAUGAUCUCAAGUUCUUCCGGCGCCGUCAGCCCGUCCCGCUGCACACGCACAGCAACUUCUGUCUGUCCAACAGCGAGGAGCCAACGAUUGCCUUCGGCUCACUGAAGUCCGAGUACAGUAGGCAGUAUUGCUGCAAGGGCCACGGCGACGCCCGGCCACCGCGUACCCUGCUGAGGCGUGCCACAUCGCUGCGGCUGGAGGGCUUGAUGCAGCUGCUCUCCGAGCAUCAGGAUAAAUAUCACUGGUAUACGCCCGAGGAUCUGCAGUUUGCACGCACGUAUCCAGUGCGCAAUCCGGAGAACUGGCUGCUGGGCGGCACGCAUGGAGACGGGAACAUGAAGAGCUCCUCGUAUCUGUCGCAUCCCAUGGUGGAUAGCGGCGCCCAAAUUUUGCCACGCGAAAUGUUUCGCGACGACAAGGAGCCGUCCAAUCGGCUGACCAGCGACAAGUUCAAGCGUGAUGUGGCCGCCCGGGAGCAGAAUCGUUGCCACCUGCAAAUGCGAGCCGAGGACACACAAUACGAGCCAGAGCCGUCGGAGUACAGGCGUCAGUAUGUGGAGCAGUUUCCCAUCGAGAAGGCGCACUCGAUACCGCAGAUCAGCAGCAUCCGGAUGCAGGGCGAGUUCCAUGCUGUGCCGGAAUACCAGGACAGCUUCAAGAUGUACGCCAACUACUCGAAGAGUGCGCCCAUCAAGAAGCACGACAAUCUGCACAUCUCUGGCGCGGAGCGGGAGCCCAGCGCCAACGAGCCAAAGGCGAGCGGCGGCGAUUUGCCCGAAUAUCGCGAUAAGUUUAAUGUCCCACCCAAGCACAUGGCCAAAGAGAAAUCGCUGAAAACGGAGGAUCAUCUGCGGCCACGCGGCGAGUUCACCAAAGAGGUGCCCGAGUAUUACGAGAGCUUCCGUGAUCCGCACAUCACCGAGAUGCCGGAGCGCGGCAAGGUGCGCGAGCCGUGCCUGCGUCUGCGCGGCAAGAUCGAAUUUAAUCCCGAGUAUCGCAACAACUAUCUGGACUUUCCACGCGCCCGGCCGGUGCUGCACAAGCCAGUCUCCUCAUUCCGGCUGCCCACCACCAGCACCACCAACACGAACACGAACACCACCACGGCGACCGGGACCAGUCCUCGGUUGCCCGCGGCCAGCAGCAUGACUGCCAACGAGCUGACCGCCACGCCCGAGUAUCGUCGCGCCCAGUACAAUUACCAGCUGCGGGAACGGGAGCGGGAGCGGCCAGCUGGUAAUCUGCGCAAGAGCUCCGACUCUUCGCUGGAUGCCGCCCGCGUUCCGCUGCAGUCGCAGAUCAAACGACGUCCUUCGCGACAGCGUCAGCUGAAGGAGCCGCCGGCGGCAGUUGCGCCGAGCUUCGAGGAUGUGGCCACCGGUGGCUCCAAGAAACCUGCCAGAUAUGGUCGGCGUGGCUCCGUGCUGCAGAAUGCGGCCAAAUGCCGAGACAAGUCCUCCAUCGUUGAGGGCAAUCCCAAGUAUGCAGCCGGCUGUCGCCGCCAGGCCAAGCAGACCACGGAGAAUCAACAGGACUCCUUUGUGGUGCUCGACGAGCCAUGCAAGCCUUCCAAUUGGAUGAAGAAGACCUGGUACGAUUCCUAGGCAAAUUCAUCAGAA